AUGAUUGACUUUGCCGAGGCUAUUGAGGAUUGCCGACUCCUUGACCCGGGUUUUGAUGGCGCGGAUUUCACAUGGGCAAAGAAUGGCCUAUUUGAAAGACUAGACAGGAUCCUCUUGAGUGAGACGUGGUCGCGGAUGUUUGAUGCUACACGAGUGACAAACCUUCCUCGUAUCUCCUCGGACCAUGGGCCGAUCCUUGUGAGAUGCAAAAUGAGGAACAACCACAUUGGAGGCAGAGCUUUCCGCUUUCAAAAUAUGUGGAUUCGACACGAAGGAUUUACCGACCUUGUGCAUGGAGACUGGACCCAACCGAUGAGGGCCGCGGGCCUUCUGAACCUCCAGAUCAAGUUGUCAAUAAUUAAGAAAACACUCAAGAGAUGGAACAAAGAAACCUAA